CAAUUUUGCCACUUGAAACCAUGAUAUUGGGGGCACAUGAUUUUUUAAAAAUGCAGAAAUCACCAAAUGUGUAUGAGCUUUAAAAGUAAAUCAUUCAAAUUAAGUGUGGGGUGAAGGUUCACGCAGGGUAUUUUAUUUAUUUCAUCCAAGCCUAUUCACCCAUCUCUAGUCGCAACAGAAAUGUGAAAAUCUUGCAGCAAGAUAUUACAAACAGAGCAUGAAAAUACAUGAUGUAAAUAGCCAAUUUGCCUUGAGCACUUUUUCUCUUCCAUAAGGCCUUGUUGCAUAACUGUUCCCUUCGGUGUCUCUCUUGUGUUUAUGAGCUGGAUAUUUGUGAGGAAAUAAUCAGAACAUUUUCCACUUUAAGGGACCAGUAGGCCCUUGGGAAUUUUGAGAGGUUUGAGGCAAUAGCAGGCAGAUUAGCAGGGGCUGGUCUCCAUUGGGUCACUAGCCUAAGUUUCCUGCAAAUAAAGAUUUGUUUUGCCAGUUUGCGUAAGGGUGGGAUAUACUCUGUGUUUUGCUAUGCUGAAAGCCUGAUGCUGUCUGGCUCAGGGCAAGGGGCAGCAAGAUUGUCUCACCUCUUGCUUUGGUAUUAAAUCAUCCUACGGAUAGACAAUUCCUGACCAUCACCUUGUACCUUGGAGGGGUUCCUUCUCAGUUUUAGAUUGCUCAGAAAAAUGCUAGAGUAGAGUAGCAGCCAGUUUACAGAGAUGAAGAGCCCUCACGUGAAUAAUAAUACUAAGGACUUAUGCACACUUCAUCCAUAAACAUGAAAGCAUUUUACAAAGGUAACCAUCAUUAUGUCAGUUUUUAUAGAUAGGGUAAAUGAGGCACCCAGAUUAAAGGACUUGCCCAAAGUCACAUAGUGAGUCAGUGGCAGAGCUGGGAGUAGAACCCAGAUCCAGUGUCCGUAAUUGGCACCACUGCCUUCCUCAAGAGAAGUCCUACUGAGUCUUUCAUGUAAGGGCUGCAUUAUUAGGUGCUAUGUGAUUCAUUGUGGAAUUUAAAAGUUUAAAGGACCUGGAGCUACACUCCUUACAAAUUACUGAAGCCACAGUUUUGUAUUAGAGCUUCAGUUGGCACCCAGAUACCAUUGUACUGGGGCCAAGGUUGUUCAAGAGCUAGCCCUGCCUAUUUUUCAGAUCUCUUUUUGGGUAACUGAUCUGUUUUGGAAUCAGAACUCUGAGCCUCAAUUUUCAAGAGUUAAUUUGUCUAUCAAAAGUCAGUUAGUGGUGGAACUUGUCAUGCAAAUAAAACAGCGGAAAAUUCUAUCUUCCAGCUACAUCUGUGUGGAUUGUGCUGGGCAACCCUUUCUCCUCCUCUUCUAUACAUCUUCUCUAACUAGCCCCAUGCAAAGGAAAGAAUGGUAAGAGAUCAUCAAUAUGGCUGCGUCAAGAGCUCUUUACAGACCUGCAAAUAAAUUUUAAAAAAGUGGAAACAAUGACAAUUGCUAAGAAUGGGUAUAAACGAAUAGCACAAGCCGGUAAGGACGAAAUCAGAAAGGCUAAAGGCAAAAAAAUGACUUACAACUAGCAAGGAAAAGAAUAGGUUCUAUAAAUACAUUAGGACUAAGAGAAUAAUGGGGAAAAGAGUAGGCCCCUUACUUAAUGAGGGAAGGAGAGCUAAUAACAGAUCAUAUAGAAGAUGCUGAAGUGAAGUGCUCAGCUUUGCUAAAAAAAAAAAAAAAAAGUUAAUGGUGACCAUAUGCUUAGCACAAUUAAUAUUAACAAGGGAGAAGGAUCUCACAUCAAAACAAGGAAAGAACAAAUUAAAGAAUACUUAGAUAAGUUAGAUGGUCUUAAGUUGGCAGGGCCUGAUGAAAUUCACCCUAGAGUAUACAUAAACUAGCUGAAGCACUCUGAGCCGUUAGCGAUUAUUUUUGAUAACUCAUGAAAGGCAGACAUGGUCCUAAACAGGGUCAUCCAAAAGGGGAGAAAGAAUACCUUGGGAGUUACAGACCACUCAGCCUAAGUUGGAAAGAUACUGGAACAAAUUAUUAAACAAUCAAUUGUUCAAACCUGGAAGAUAAGUAAUAGCUAACAUGGAUUUGUCAAUAACCAAUCAUGGCAAACUAAUAUAAUUUCCUUCUUUUACAGAGUAACUACAAUAGUGGAUGGAGGAAGCAGUAGAUGUGAUACAACUGAACUUUAUUAAGGUUUUUGACACUGUCACACAUGACAUUCUCCUAAGGGACACAAGACAUUCCCUAAACUAGGGAAAUAUGGUCUAGAUGAAAUUACUAUGAGGUGGAUAUGCAACUGCUUGAAAGACCCUACUCAAAAAGUAGUUACCAAUGGUUCACUGUCAAGCUGAAAGGACAUAUCAAGUGGGGACCUGCAGGGGUUUGUCUUGGGCCUGGUACUGUUCCAUAUUUUCAUUAAUGGUUUGGUUGAUGGAGAGGAGAGUAUGCUUAUAAAAUCUGUGGAUAACACCAGGCUGGGAGAGGUUGCAAGCACUUUAGAGGACAGGAUUAGAAUUCAAGAUGAUCUUGAUAAAUUGGAGAAUUGGUCCAAAAUAAAUAUGAUAAAAUUCAAUGAAGACAAGUGCCAAGUGCUACAUGUAGGAAGGAAAAUUAAAAUGCACAAAUACAAAAUGGUAAAUAACUAGCUAGGCGGCAGUACUGCAGAAAAAGAUCUGGGGGUUGUAGUGCAUCACAAAUUGAAUGUCAACUGUGCAAUGCUGCUCAGAAAAAGACAAAUGUCAUUCUGUUCGGUAUUAGCAGGAGUGUUGUAUGUAAGAUAUGGCAGGUAAUUUUCCACUAUAUGUGGCACUGGUGAGGCCUCAAUUGGGGUACUAUGUUCAGUUUUAGCCACCAAACUUUAAGAAAGAAAUAAAGCAAUUGGAGAGAGACCAAGGAAAAGCAACAAAAAUGAUAAGAGGUUUAGACAACAUGACCUAUGAAGAAAGGUUGAAAGAACUGGCCCUGUUUAGUCAAAACAAGAGAUGGCUGAGGUGGAACAUAAUUCUUCAAAUAUGUAAAAGGUUGGUGGUGAUCAAUUGUUGCUAAUUCCACUAAGGGUAGGACAAGAAGAAUCAGCUUAGUUUGUAGCAAAGGAGAUUUAAGUUUGAUAUUAGGAAAAACUUUCUAACUAUAAGGAUAGUUUAGGCUUGGUAAGAUUUGAUUUGUACCGUUAAUCAUCUUUAAACAUCAAUUUCACACACACAGAUAGAUGAAUCAAUGAAAAAAAUCCUUCAGUAGUAAUCAAACAGGGUCUCCGCUUCCCUGGAGGGCGCAGCCUCCCCUGUACCGAGCAUCUGCAGGGAUAUGGUAAACUGGGCCCCUCAGCUGCACAGGGAGCCCCCUGAAAACCCCACUUUCACUGGCCCCAUAGCUGCACCAGCAUCCCCCUUUUGCCCCUCCUGUGAAACCAUGAAUAUUUAAAUUGUUUAAAAAUAAAAAUAAAUAUUGAUAUCUGUUGAAAUUACCAAAAAAAAAAAAAAAAAUCAAAUUCUGCCAAGCCUAAGGAUAGUUAAGCACUGGAACAGGUGACCUAAGGAGGUUUGUAAUCCCUGUCAUUUGAGGUUUUUAAUAAAAGAUUAGACAAACACCUGUCAGGGAUAGUCUAGAUAUACUUUGUCCUACCUCAGCACAGAGGGAUGGACUAGAUGGCCUCCUCCCUUCCAGCCCUGCAUUUCUAUGAUUCUAUGAUAGUGGUGAAAAACACUUCUUCUGCAGCACAGGAAUUGUCUAACUGCUUAUCCCUUUUGACAUAAUGUCAGGUAUUUUCUACACAGAUAGGCCAAAACUGAGAAUCUGGACCAUCUUCAAACACUGAGGAAAUUUACAUCUAGAUCCAAAUUUUGCAGCGUGGGGGUCAUUUCUAGUAUCUUCCAAGCUACCUCUGAAAUAAUAUUUAAUUUACAGUUCCAGAUGAAAUUUUCUGAUCUCUAGUAAUCUCUGGGCUAUAUCUGUUUACAUACCUUUACGGUAGGGCUGAUACUUUGGAUUCCACAACAACCCAAAUAAAGCUGAAUAAAUCUGCAUUUGUGUUUAUAAUUUUCAUGAGGUAUUUUAAUGCUUCAAGGAACCAGUUAUAAGGACAAUAUAACACACCAUUUUUUUCUUCCCAUACUACUUCCACCAUCCAGGAACUAAAAUACUGUAAGACUACAACUUACAUUUUUUAUUCCCAUACAUUUAAUGAAAAUUACAAUAUGUAAUAUUUUAGACCCUAUAAAAUUACAAUCUUGUAUCCAUCCCUUUUGGUUCUACAGUGGCAAUAAACUCACAAAUACUAUGUGAACAUCUGUACCGAUAUCAUGGAUGAAGCUGGUGCACCAACAAAGAGGUUCUGGCAUGGGCUUACAUUAAUCCCUGAACUUCUCUUCAGUGUUGAGAAAACCACCAGCUUAACUGCAUGAUGAACAGACCACUAGCCUGGUCACAUGAUAAACUAGAUGAGACAAAUCAGUGGAGAAUAUGCUAUGGAGAGCAAUCCUACAUUGCUUGAGGGUGGAUGGACUAGGGGGCCAGAAGCUUCAAGGCGACCUUGCUGAACAAAGACCACCAGCUGAAAGAAUAACACCCAUUUACCUGCAGUGUUGAACUAGACUCUUCAGAGAGAGAGAAGCGUGGCAAGCUGCAGGUGACCAUGCAGAGCUCAUCAGCAGAGGUGACCAUGAUGGAGUCCCAGAAUCGCAAAAGAGCUCCAGCAUGGACCGAACGGGAGGUACGGGAUCUGAUCGCUGUUUGGGGAGAGGAAUCCGUGCUAUCAGAACUCCGUUCCAGUUUUCGAAAUGCCAAAGCCUUUGUCAAAAUCUCCCAGGGCAUGAAGGACAGAGGCCAUAACAGGGACCCGAAGCAGUGCCGCGUGAAACUGAAGGAGCUGACGCAAGCCUACCAGAAAACCAGAGAGGCGAACGGCCGCACCGGGUCAGAGCCCCAAACAUGCCGCUUCUAUGAUGAGCUGCAUGCCAUUUUAGGGGGUUCAGCCACCACUACCCCAGCCGUGUUGUUUGACUCCUUCAAUGGAGAUGGAGGCAAUAUGGAAGCAGGUUUUGGGGACGAAGAAGAUGAUGAGGAGGAGGAGGUUGUAGGUAGCUCACAGCAAGCAAGCGGAGAAACCGGUUUUCCCGAUAGCCAGGAACUGUUUCUCACCCUGGACCUGGAGCCAGUACCCCCCGAACCCACCCAAGGCUGCCUCCUGGACCCAGCAGGCGGAGAAGGGACCUCUGCUGCAUGUGUUUCAAUGAUCACAGGAUCUUCUCCUUCCCAGAGGCUAGUGAAGCUUAGAAAGAAAAAAAAACGCACUCGCGAUGAAAUGUUCUCCGAGCUCAUGCUGUUCUCCCACACUGACAGAGCACAGACGAAUGCGUGGAGGCAAAUAAUGUCAGAGUGCAGGAAAGCACAAAAUGACCGGGAGGAGAGGUGGCGGGCUGAAGAGAGUAAGUGGCGGGCUGAAGAGAGUAAGUGGCAGGCUGAAGAGAGGGCUGAAGCUCAAAUGUGGCGGCAGCGUGAUGAGAGGAGGCAGGAUUCAAUGCUGAGGCUGCUGGAGGACCAAACCAGUAUGCUCCAGUGUAUGGUUGAGCUGCAGCAAAGGAAGCUGGAGCACAGACUGCCACUGCAGCCCCUCUGUAACCAACCACCCUCCUCCCCAAGUUCCAUAGCCUCCACACCCAGACGCCCAAGAACGCGGUGGGGGGGGCUCCGGCCCACCAGCCACUCCACCACAGAGGAUUGCCCAAAAAAAAGAAGGCUGUCAUUCAAUAAAUUUUAAAGUUGUAAACUUUUAAAGUGCUGUGCUUAAAGUGCUGUGUGGCAUUUUCCUUCCCUCCUCCACCACCCCUCCUGGGCUACCUUGGUAGUCAUCCCCCUAUUUGUGUGAUGAAUGAAUAAAGAAUGCAUGA